AUUUUGGUGAACACCACGUCGUAUAUGUGAGUCCAACUGCUAAAUUUUUGCGAAAAUUGGGCAAACAUGACCCUCUUUUUGUCCCAUGUUCUUUAAAGUCAGUUGUGGAUCAAAUACCAGUACUAAAACAAAACCACCUUAGGAGUUGUACAUAGUCUCUCCUCCAAAUCCAACAAUGGCGAUGAGCAAAGCUAAAAAAGACUUACCUGAAGAAAUCAUAUUUGACAUACUCUACCUGCUCCCUGUUAAGUCCAUUGGCCGCUGUAGGUGUGUUUCAAAGCAGUGGAACAAUUUUCUCUCAGACCCACAAUUCAUCAAAUCACAUUUCACCCUUCAUGAUCAUAAACAAGAAGAGAAACUCAUUCUUGCCACUUGGUUGAGCCAACUACACACCGUCACCUUUUAUGAAAAUGAAAUCGAUGAUGAAAUUGAUGGUAUUUCAAGAAAGCUUAAUUUUGAGCAUCUUUCAGAUAACUGGGUUACUGUAGCUGGUUCUUGUAAUGGUUUGGUCUUGGUUGUUGAUAGGGAAAAUAUUAGUAUAUUUUUAAUCAACCCCAUAACCUUAAAAUACCAUAAAGUUCCAGUCUUUGAUUUGUCUCUUCCUCUGUUAGGUAGAAAUAACAGACGUUGCUGUAACAUGUAUGGCUUUGGUUAUGAUGUUGUUAGUGAUGAUUAUAAGGUGGUUAAUCUUUCUUAUUACGAUACGAAUCAUAGUGAAUAUAAGGCUGACACUUUUGUGGAUAUGUAUUCUGUGAGAAAGGGUGUUUGGAAGAGACUUGAGACUCCUUAUGAUCAUUCACUUACUGACCUUGCUUCUGGGGUUUUGGUUAAUGGGGUUUUGCAUUGGUUGGCUUGUAGAAAAACUGAAUAUUCAACUGUAAUUGCUGCUUUUGAUUUAACUGAUGAGAAAUUCUUGGAGCUACCAGGACCCAUUGAUCUUGGUAAUAAUUGCUUUAUGUGUAAUCUUGCGGUUAUUAGAGGGUGUCUUUCUAUAUCCACCAGUAUAUCCCGAGACAAAAACACAAUUACAUUUUGGAUGAUGAUAGAGUAUGGGGUUAAGGAGUCUUGGACCAAAUUUAAGAUUACAGAACCGGAUUUGGAUGAUUCUCUUGGUACACUAUUGUGUUCCAUUACUGAUGAUGAUCUUUUAUUGGAUGUUGACGAAGAAUUGGUUGUCUACAAUAUGAGAGAAGAGCAGCGUAGGGAUCUGAUGAUUGAUGUAACUCCUGUUAUGUAUGAAGUUCGAACUUUUAGGGAGAGUCUUCUCUCUCCUUCCUUUGGCAACGAAACUGAGGGUUAAUGUAUUUCUUGAUGCACAAGAUGAUGUUGUAUACAGGAAUUAAUCUGCUUCUGUGGACAUGUUCUGGUGCUUCUAUUGAAUGGGAUGUUGUGUUUGUGCAGAGGCCUGAAUCUCUACUCCUUCAUUAUGAUGUUAUAAAGUUGUUACGAUUUCAAAUCUGAAGAAAGACCAUCAUAAAAGCAGUACUGCCGCAAUGUCUGGAGAAAAGUUCCCUUUUGAGUAGACCCUCAUAGUUGAGAUUUAGUUUGCAUAUAUCAGUUGAAUUUUUGAACAUUAGAUGAGUAGAUGAUCUGAAAGCAGCAGCAUUGUCCUUUGUAUUGCAGGACCAGAAUUUCUAAGUUUGCUAUGUUUUAGCUUAUCAGAAAUAACUGUGUUCAAUUCUCUUCUUUCUGUUGCUGGCUGGAAAAUGUUACACCACUUAUUUCCUGGA